AUGGCUCCACCGCCAACAGUUGACCCACCACCACCCAAGGGCUACCGGAGAGGGACAACUGGAUUUGAACCUAACCACCAAGUGGUCGUCAGCAAGGAGAGACACCUACACCUUGAACUGAAGCUUUCCGUGCGCCGCCACCUCUCGGGCCACCCACUUCAACGGAACCCAUCGGCUAAGGCUCCGGAUAAUGACUACCACUUUCUUUCAAGCCUGCCUACUAGCCUUGAUUUGGUCCUUCGACAGUUCGACGACCGCCAUGAAGUACCUAUGGAGGUUCUCCACCUCCUCCUCCGAGAUCCGAUGGCUAAGGCGGUGGUGGAUCAGGAUGCCAUGUCCUUUUCCAUCCAGAGUUCUAAAUCUAAUGAACCGGGUAAAAGGUCUGUUGUUCGAGAUACAAAAGAGUGGAGCGGUUCAAAUGUGGGAGAGUGGGAGAGGAGGGAUUCUCCGAUCGGCGUCCCCGAGCACAACCCCAACCUCCGCCACUCCGCCUUCAAGCCCACCUCACCUGCCGCCAAGGCGGUCGUCGACCAGCUCCUCCGGAUCGCCGACAAGGGCGUCUUCGACGAUCUUCUGAUUUCCAGCAUCAUCGCUCUCGGCUGCCUGUCGAAGACCUUCCGGGCAACGAAGACGCGGAUCAUCGGGCCUCUGGUGCGGCUGCUGGACGAGAGGGAAGCCAUCGUGUCGAGGGAGGCGGUGAUUGCCCUGACCAAGUUCGUGUGCAAGGAGAAUUUCCUUCGCGUCGAGCAUUCCAAGGCCAUCAUCAAAGCCGGAGGGGCCAAGCACCUCGUCCAGCUGGUGUAUUUUGGGGAGCAGCUCCAGACCGAGGCGUUGAUUCUCUUGUGUUACGUCUCCCUCAACGUGCCGGAGAGUGAGGAUCUCGCACAGGCAGGGGUCCUUGCGGUCCUCACCUGGGCUUCGAAGCAGGGGCACUUGGUGCAGGACUCCAGGGUGGACUCCUCCUUGCCGGAGGCCAGAGGUCGGAUGGAGCUCUAUCAGUCAAGAGGAUCUCGAUGAUCGAUGACAUUGAU